CACAGCACAUUUAAAAAAUAUAAUACUCUUUCCAAAUUUUGUUUCCAGUCAUGGCGGUCGGUAAAAAUAAAGGCCUUUCGAAGGGCGGUAAAAAAGGUGUGAAAAAGAAGAUCGUUGAUCCCUUCACACGCAAGGACUGGUAUGAUGUUAAGGCACCGUCAAUGUUCACCAAGAGACAAGUGGGCACAACCCUUGUCAACCGUACCCAAGGUACAAAAAUCGCGUCAGAAGGACUGAAAGGCCGCGUGUUUGAAGUCUCGCUGGCCGACCUUCAAGCUGACACUGAUGCUGAAAGAUCGUUCCGCAAGUUCCGCCUGAUUGCUGAGGAUGUGCAGGGUCGCAAUGUUCUCUGCAACUUCCAUGGCAUGGACCUCACUACUGACAAGCUCAGGUGGAUGGUUAAGAAAUGGCAAACCCUUGUCGAGGCCAAUAUUGAUGUGAAGACCACCGACGGAUACCUCCUCCGUGUCUUCUGCAUCGGCUUUACCAACAAGGAUACUCUCAGUCAGCGAAAGACAUGCUACGCUCAGCACACCCAGGUACGUGCUAUCAGAAAGAAGAUGUGUGAAAUCAUUACCCGCGACGUCACCAGCUCUGAACUGCGGGAAGUUGUCAACAAGCUUAUCCCUGACUCCAUUGCUAAGGAUAUCGAAAAGGCUUGCCACGGAAUUUACCCACUCAGGGAUGUUUGCAUCCGAAAAGUGAAAGUACUGAAGAGGCCACGUUUCGAAAUCGCUAAGCUUAUGGAGUUGCACGGUGAAGGCGGCAGCGGUAAACGCGGGGAGGUCGGCGAUAAGUCUGAACGCCCCGAGGGUUACGAGCCUCCUGUACAAGAAAGCGUUUAAGUUUAUAAUAUAAUAUGUGGAAAACUG